AUGGAGAAAAUGAGAAAAGCCGAGGAACUUGAGUUCCUCCAUGGCAUCUCUGAAAAGGUGGUUGAUUCUUUCAUUUUCCAGUCGAAGAAGAAGAAUUGCAAAAACUAGUGGAUGGAGUUUUGACUGAAGAGGAGAAAGAUAUUUUGCAGCAGCAAAAACUUACUGCCAAGGGGAUAUUUCCCUGCAGAUUCGCAGGGUGCAACAAGUCAUUCCAGUACAAUGGCAAAACAAGAAGGAACCAUGAACCGUCCCAUGAUCCACCUAUUCAGUUUGAUGGUUCUUUGUUACUGACACAAUCUUCACCUGGAUGCACAGCCCCUCCAGAAGAGACCAAAGCAGGUGAUGAUGUGUACAACUAUAACUGUGCACUUCUGACAGAUUGCUUUUUAUUUUUCAAUUUUCUUAAUGCAAUUAAAGAAGGGGGUGGUGCAUGGAUUAUGCGGCAAUACAAGUACAUCAUGCUAUAUUGUAAGGCCGAUGGAUCACACAGCACAAAGUACGCACUAGAAUGUUUGUACCAAGUUUCCUAG